AUGCCUAAAAAAGCGAUUGACUCGCGCAUUCCCGCGCUGAUACGGAAUGGCAUCCAGGAAAAGAAGCGCAGUUUCUUCGUCGUGGUCGGCGACAGAGCCAAAGAUGUCAUUGUACAUCUGCACUAUAUCAUGUCCUCGGUGGACGUCAAGCAGAAUAAGUCGGUGUUGUGGGCGUACAAGAAAGACCUGCUUGGCUUCACCAGUCACCGAAAGAAGCGGGAAGCAAAAAUCAAGAAGGAAAUCAAGCGCGGCAUUCGAGAUGCAAACACGGAAGAUCCUUUCGAACUCUUCAUCACUUUGCACAAUAUCCGCUAUGUCUACUAUAAAGAGACGGAGAAGAUUCUGGGUAAUACCUAUGGUAUGUGUAUUCUGCAGGACUUCGAGGCCAUCACGCCCAACCUGCUUGCGAGAACGAUCGAGACGGUCGAGGGCGGAGGCCUUGUUCUUCUCCUUCUCAAGGGUAUGAAAAGCUUGAAGCAGCUGUAUACCAUGUCUAUGGACGUGCAUUCAAGAUAUCGGACAGAGGCUCAUGACGAUGUUGUCGCACGAUUCAACGAGCGUUUCAUCUUGUCGCUGGGCAGUUGCGAGUCCUGUCUCGUCGUGGAUGAUGAAUUGAAUGUUUUACCCAUAUCUGGAGGAAAGAAUGUUCAGGCUUUGCCUCCACCAUCGACCGAAGCCGAAAGCACACUGCCCGGCAAGAAGGAACUGAAAGAGAUCAAGGAGAGCCUGGCAGACAGUCAACCUGUUGGAUCUCUCAUCACCCUGGCAAAGACUGUUGACCAAGCCAAAGCACUCCUUACUUUCGUCGAUGCCAUUUCCGAAAAGACACUUCGAAGUACUGUCACAUUAACGGCUGCCCGUGGACGAGGAAAGUCGGCUGCACUCGGAGUCGCUGUAGCUGCAGCGAUUGCGCACGGCUACAGCAAUAUUUUCGUCACAUCGCCCAGCCCUGAAAAUCUCAAGACUUUCUUCGAGUUUGUCAUCAAAGGGUUCGAUGCUCUCGAAUACAUGGAUCAUGUCGAUUAUACUAUCCUCCAGUCGACCAAUCCGGACUAUAACAAAGCGAUCGUGCGAAUCAAUGUUCACAGACAACAUCGCCAAACUAUUCAAUAUAUCCAACCCCAGGAUUCACAUGUCCUGGGCCAGGCUGAAUUGGUUGUGAUAGAUGAGGCAGCAGCAAUCCCGUUGCCGUUGGUUCGGAAGUUGAUGGGUCCUUAUCUUGUGUUCAUGGCUUCUACCAUCAAUGGCUAUGAAGGGACUGGACGUUCGCUAUCUCUGAAACUCAUUCAACAGCUGCGCGAGCAAUCGCGAGGCGGAGUGAAAUCUAGUGGGGACGACCUUGAGGUGGCUAACAAAACCACGGGCAAGGCCGUCAAGGAUGGCCAAAGCUACACUGGAGGUCGAUCCUUGAGAGAGAUCACCCUUUCUGAGCCGAUUCGAUACGCUCCAGGCGAUGCAGUGGAGAAAUGGCUCAAUCGACUUCUUUGCCUGGAUGCGACGUUGCCAAAAUCAAAGAUGAACACCCAAGGCACACCUCACCCCUCGACGUGUGAGCUAGUCCACGUCAACCGGGACACCUUGUUUUCUUUCCACCCAGUGUCAGAAAAGUUCUUACAACAGAUGAUGGCUCUUUAUGUCGCCUCGCACUACAAGAACUCGCCCAACGACCUCCAGUUGAUGUCGGAUGCUCCCGCCCAUCAGCUUUUCGUGCUCAUCCCGCCGAUCCCUGAAGAUGCCACCAAACUCCCAGAGCCAUUGUGUGUGAUACAAGUGGCUCUGGAAGGAAGGAUCAGCAAGAAAUCCGUUCUAAACAGCCUGUCUCGUGGCCAAAGAGCUGGAGGCGACCUGAUUCCAUGGCUAGUUAGCCAACAAUUUCAAGAUUCAGAAUUUGCUGGGCUCUCCGGUAGCCGAGUCGUGCGAAUCGCCACGAACCCCGACUAUCUCAAUAUGGGUUACGGAUCCAGAGCACUUCAGCUCUUGGUAGACUUCUACGAGGGUAAAUUUACUUCUCUAUCAGAGACCGAUGAAGCGACCAUCGAAGAUGUCGAGCACAUGCCACGCGUUACGGAUGCCGAGCUUGAGGAGUCGAAUCUACUCGACGACAACAUCAAGGUGCGAGAUAUCCAGCAAAUGCCGCCCUUAUUUAGCAAACUAUCCGAGCGGCGACCCGACCAGUUGGAUUGGCUGGGUGUUUCAUACGGCCUGACCCAACCACUUCACAAGUUUUGGAAACGGGCUUCUUUCGCCCCGGUCUAUCUCCGCCAAACGGCAAACGAACUGACCGGCGAACACUCUUGUGUUAUGCUCCGACCGUUGUCCUCCGGCACGAGCACCGACAGUUCCUGGCUCACCGCCUACGCCCAAGACUUCCACAAACGAUUCCUCACUCUGCUGUCCUACCAGUUCCGCACAUUCGCCUCUGUGCAGGCCUUGUCUAUAUCCGAAUCCGCCUCACGGCCGGCUUCCUCCACCGAAGUUACCACCAACAAUGUCUCUCCCAUCACAAAAUCAGACCUCGACUCCCUAUUCUCGCCUUUCGAUCUUGCCCGUCUAGAGUCGUAUGCCAACAACAUGCUUGACUACCACGUGAUUCUGGACAUGAUGCCCGCCAUCGCUUACCUCUACUUCACCGGCCGACUGAAGCUUCCUCCCUGCAACGUCAGUCUUUCCGGCGUGCAGCAGAGCAUUUUGCUCGCCAUCGGACUGCAGCGCAAAGACCUGAGCGAUGUAGAGAAGGAAUUGAAUCUGCCCAGCAACCAACUGCUGGCCAUGUUCGUGAAGGUCGUUAGGAAAGUCAGCACGGCGUUCCGGGCCGUUGUGUCUGGUGCCGUCGAAGCGGAGCUUCCAGAAAAGAAAGAUGUGAACCUUCCAGAACCCAAGGUUGGAGGCAGCCGUGUGGCUCCUACGCUUCCCGUCAAUGUCGACAUAAAUGGGAACGACGAAGAUGUCGACAAAGAAGUUGAUCCGGCAUUAAAAGAGAAGCAGCGUGCUCUUAUUGAUUCGUUGCCUCUUGACAAAUACGAAAUAGUCCCCUCGGCCACCGACGACAAGGCAUGGGAAGAAGCAGAGCGCCAGGUCCGCGAGGCCGCAUUGGGCGUCGACCCAGGCAAGAGCACCACGGUCAGCGUCAAGAGCCACAAAAAGCGCAAGGCUGAGGAGGUCAACGGACACGACACUACUACAGGUGACAACAACGACGAUGGAGAAGAAACGCAUCGGAAAAAGGGCAAGAAGGAUAAAGGAGACAAACACAAGUCGGGGAAGGACCAUAAAAAGAAGGAUAAGGACAGGUCGAAAAAGCAUUGA